UGAACACCAACCAUGGGGAACUGCUUGGCUUCUUCACAAGAGAAGGUUAUCAAAGUGAUGAAGACGGAUGGUAAGGUCCUUGAAUACAAGCAACCAUUGAGAGUCCAUCAAGUUUUAUCUGAAUUCGCCGGCCACGCAAUCUCCGACACUCUUCCGGUCUUCCGGCAUCUUCAUCCCAACACUCAAAUGCUUAGCGGCCGUCAUUACUAUCUUCUCCCACCACCCUUACCAUCUUCCUGCAGUGAUGACAGCAGCAAGUUACCGGUUGCAUCGAAUCCAACCCCGGCAGAGCCUGCUGGGCAUGGAAGUAGUGGUGGUGUUGCUGUGAGGGUUAAGAUAGUCAUCACCAAACAGAAACUAGAGGAGAUUUUAAGUAAGGGAGUCCUCUCAGUUGAUGAGAUUAUUUCUCACCUUCAAAAUGGAAAAAGCAAAGAUGUUGUUGGUAUUAAUGAUGAUGAAAGUAGAAGUUCAAGAGUUUGGAAACCUGUGCUGGAAAGCAUACCAGAAGGAAAUGAUCAUGUAAACUAUUGAAACCCUUUUUUGAUUUCUUUC